GAUUCUGUGUUGAGCCCGCGAUUCGAACAGCCAAACAAAAGGCACGACAAACGGCCGAACGCGUACGGAACGAACGGACACAGUGCGACCCAGCAGCAGCAGUAGCAACACAGCAGUCUUGUGCGAAAAGUGACAACCUGCCCAAAACGGAAGAAGAUGGUCCCGUCGCUAAGGUGAAAGCUGCCUACUCGGACCAACAACAAACAUCAUCUGUGAUAUAUGUGCGCGCGCCCAUCGUCCGCCCGUGCAGUGUGCAUUCCUGCAGCGCCUCCAAAACGAGGAAAGCAAUAGAAGCGCCUAGCUGAAGCAACCACAACAAAUCUCACCGUUGUGAAGAGCGAUGCUUCGAUAGAAAGAAGGAUACUAGUGUGUAACUUAUUUGCCAGUUUAGUGUUUAGUACGAGCUUAGCAUAAGUGAUUUUAAAUUAUUUUAACAUUUACGCGUGUAAAUGGUGCUGUAAACAAGGAAGUUGUACGAUUUUAAGAAAAAAACCCAUCAACAAGACCAACCCCAAAGAUAAUUAAAAGACUAGUUAGUGAAAAGCAUCAUCAUCAACAUCAUCAUCGCAACUUGAUCAAGCAUAUUGGGAACGAGCGCGCGCCAGAACCGUACUCUGUGGCAAGAAGAAAAGUUUCAACCCCCCCAACUGACGCAACAUUUUCAACGACAAUUUCUAAAUACGAAAAUUGAAAAUCAUUAGCGGACGGGAAAAAAACACACUCGUACGCACACACACACACAUACACACAUGCGUGGAGACUCGUUGAGGUUCAGCGAGUUGCUGUGGUGUGCGUGAACGUCAAACCCGUUGGAGACCCUCGUCACUGUGGAGAGCAGUCGCGCUCGCUCACCAACACAUCGAACUAAGUCUACACAACCGCAGCACGUAGCGGACCUGAUGUGCUAGUUUCGGCAGCAGCAGCAGCAGCAGCUCGCACCCGACCAACUCUCCACACUGGUCGUCAUUGUAGAAUCUAACACCGAGUUGAAUAGUUCUUUAUUGCUGGACACUGGGGUGACGCAAAAGUGAGAGCCACAAUCACGGAAGCAUCCGGGUACUAGGCCAGCCCUCAGUAUGUCUGUCCCUGUGAGCUGCUACUCUGUCGAUAGCAUGAGCAACAUCGAUCAGCAGCCCAUCGGAAUCAGCGGCCAUGGUCUACACCCGUCCAACUCCCCGUCACGCAUGAUGGCGAUGAUGAUGGAGGAAGACGAUGACCACCACCGGCCAAUGAUGAGGAUGAGCGAAGCGAACGUUCAUGCGCACGACCAGACGAUGCAUCACGAUCAGCGGAUGUUGUCAGAGGAGGGCCGGCUUGGGACACCGGAUGCUGCUGAUGGAGUUCUGUUGGCGUCGCACGACUGUCGCCGCGGUGGUCCCAAUGCCGCGGGCCCGGGCAGCGACAGCACCAGCUAUCACUACCCGCCGCAUCACCAGCAUCACCACCACCACCACCAUCACCAUCGGCACCAGUCGAUGAUGAUGGAUACCGCCGCGGACGGCACGGGAUGCGCCAAUCAUGACGAUGGCCAGGACUUAGCCGGAGCUGCCGGGGCAGCGGCAGCGGCUAAGUGCACCUCACCGUAUAAGCACACCACCAACACUGCAUCAUCAUCAUCAUCAUCACCACCAUCAUCAUCACCGGCUUCAGCAACCGCCGGAGCAGCAGCAGCACCAGCAACGCCACCAGCACCGCAAACCUUCGAGGAGAUGAUGGCCAAGCUGAGUGAGCUGCUUGCCCUGGAACCGAAGUACCAACCGAACCUUUACCUGCCGCAACAAUCAGUCAAUGGCGAAAUCACGAUCGGCACCCGCGAUGGAGCUGCCCAUGUGCUGCGCUGCCUGAAGGUUUGGUACGAGCUGCCGAACGAUGUCCUGUUCGCUGCCAUUAACUUGGUUGAUCGCUUCCUGACCAAGAUGAAGGUCCGGCCGAAGCACAUGGCGUGCAUCUCGGUCAGCUCCUUCCAUCUGGCGGUGCAGCAGCUUAGCAUGCCGAUCAUCGACACCGAGGAUCUGAUUGCUAUAUCGCAGUGCCGCUGUACGUCACGCGAUCUGGUGCGAAUGGCGGACAUUGUUGCUAACAAGCUGGGCGUCCAGAUGAGUCUGGCCCCGGUAACGGCGCUCUCGUUCAUUCGGCUGUUUUACUACAUCUUCGAGAAGGCGGCGGAUGCGCUCGGCCUGUCGGAAAUUUUCAAAUCGGCCAUCUCGCUGGCCGAUCUGGAGAUGCGCCUGGAAAUUCUGGCGUGCGACGCUAGCUGCGCCAGCAUCCGCCCGUCCGAGCUGGCGCUCGUGAUGAUCUUCACCCAGAUGGAUGUGUACGUUAGCGCGAACAAGGACAACGGUCUGGUACACCAGCAGAUUCACGAUCUCGUUGACUACGCCAUCCAGCUGCAGAAAUUCUGUCGAAUCCCGGACAGCAGCUUCCUUUACAGUCACAGCAUUGUGACGAAGAUUCUAUCGCUGUACAACGGUCAGCAUAAGAUCCCGUACAAGCAGCGCCUAGUAUGGAAGCUUUCCUCCCGUACUAUGCGUGUGCUGCGCCCCACUGACAAGUUGACCUCCUAUUUGCCAACGAUUGCCGAACACCACCACACCCACGGUCACAUGAGCAGCAACAAUCUUAGAUUCAGAACUGGCAGCGUAAGCUCCGAGGACGAUGGGGAAGAUUGGCCAACGUCGCCGAUCGUCGCCGUUUGUGAACAGUUCGUGGACGAGUAAAACGAUCUUAUCGAUCGGUUCGAUCGAUUGCGUCAUCAAAAUUACGCGCACACAACUCUCCUUUCUCCUACGUUUAGUGGUUUACUCCUCGUACGCGUGUCGUGUGUCUGUGUGUGGAUGGAAGAGUUGGUGUUUUGUUAGAACCCAAACUCCUCCCAUCCAUGCUGUGUCCGUAAGCAAGAAGCGUACGACGAAACAAACGAAUACGAGCAGAUGAAAUGACGGAGAAGCAGCAAAAAGAAAAGGAAUCAUUUUCGAGACAGAACCCCCCCAUUUUCGCGCCGAUGUGCUUUGCGCGUUGUGAAGAAAUUCGAAACGAGAACAACCCUUGACAAUCCUGACCAACGGCCCUCCCCCAUAUGAAACACACCUCCUGACCUACCAUCGAACAAGGUGGACUUUAUUGUUGCGUUAUGAGGAGACCAGUUGGGUUUGUUGGGGGGUAAAAGGGGAGCAACAAACAAGGGAUGCUGCUGCGCCGCGCUGCGUACCAGUUUAGCGUAGCAGCAUCCGUAUGUGAUAACAACACACCAUCAGCAGCUGCAACAAGAGAAGAAAACGAAACAAGUGAUAAAAAUUGCUUUACACAAAAUGUUGACCAAGGCAAUGUGGCAAUACACACAACCAAAGGAACGAUUCCCCCCCCUGUACCACACCGUCGGUGCUUCGUCCUGGGGGAGAUUCGUUGCACCUUUUCGGUUUGCUGUAAGAACAACUUAUGUGACGCGGUUCGGCAAAGAAUCAACAGUAAUGGCGGCGGAAAGGAAUCAGCGACAGAGGAAAAAGCUCAUCGAGCUGCGCUGCAACACACGACGACGACGGAACACACGGAAACACACGGACACUACUUCGGUUGGUAAAUGUUAAUUUUAUUUUGUUUUCCUCCCUUUUUUUUUGGUGUAAGAGAAAAUGCAUAUUUCUAUAACACACACACACACACACUUCUUAUUUCAACAUAAAUAGUGUAGGACCAACACAAAAAAAGAGCAGUCAGAAAACAAAAGAAAAAGCAACAAAAUCAAUUUAAUUCGUUCGAGAUAAGCUUUAUCAAUUGGGGGGAAGGUAAGAAAAGAGAAUAGUGUUUAUGAGAUCGGAAAGGAAUUUUGUCCUCGUUCGCGGGCUUAAAAUUGACACCACGCCAGUUUUAUUACAACAGGCGGUUAGAGAGAGAGUAACAUCUUUUGGAUUGUGGAACAUUGGUGUGUGAGCAAAUGAAUGAAAUGAACAAACUUUUCAAACACACACAAAGAAGCGAACGAAAAAAAUCAUCAAACAAAACAAAAAACAAAACAACAAAAAAACAAUAAAAUGCUCUGAAAAGUUACGCAAAAGUAUAUGCAAGCAUAAAAACGGAAGAUAAAAGCAAAAUCAAAAAAAGUACAAAAUAUACAAAACGGUUUAAAAAAAUCCUAGCCUGAUAAGUUGUGUUUAGGGUUUAAAUUGAAUGGUCAGUCGCAACUUGAGACAUUUAAAUUACCCCGGAAGCAACUGCUAAGUUUAAGUGUGUGUGUGUGUGCGUGAAAUCUCCCAUCCAAGCAAACCGCUGCCUGUGCUGCUGCUGCUGCUGCUGCAAGCAAAUGGUCCGUUUGGCGGGAGAAUUCGCGCACCUACCCGUAAGGAUUAAGGAAUCAUUAAAUGUUGACACUGAUAUGAACACACGGAACGACGAGAAUUACGCGACGCCGAAAAUAUAAUAAUGAUGAAAGGAAAUGGAAAAAAGGAAGGAAAACGAUACGGACAAACGAUCCUUAAUUGGCCAGAAAACAGAGCGAGAGAGGGAGAGUGGGAGUUAGAGAGACGAAACAAAGAGAGAGAGAGAGAGGGAGAGGAAGAAAGCAUUUUUUUUUGUUUAUGUUUACAAAUGUUAUUUUGUUUUGUACCACCACACAACAAACACAAAAAGAAAAUCUGUCUGGAAUAAUAUUGAUUUUCUGGUUGGUCCUGUUUAUUUUAAGAACAGGAAAUUCAAUACACCACCACCACCACGAUUGCACAUUUUUAUUGGAGCAACCGAAAGAAAACGGCCCAAUAUAGCUGCUGCGCCUAUGGUGAACGACCACUAUCAGAGAGAGAGAGAGGGGGGAGAGAGCCAGAGGAGAUAGUAGACGAGAGAACAAGAGAGAGAGAGAUACCUUUUUUUGAUCGUAAAGCCAGUACUUUGAAUGUGUUAUUAGUGUAUUAGGAAAGGCAAAGUGGUGGAUGGAUACCAGACCGACCAAGACAGAGCUGUGUUGUGGAAUGGAAACCCGUUGCAUGUUCCGGCCAUUUGCUGCUGACACGGAUCAAGAGACAACGGAUGCAAAGUUUUAUUUUUUGGGAGCCUGCAAAAGAACGUCCCUUUGCGCGUAUUAGGAGAAAACGGCAGGCAAGUUCCACAUUAGCAACAGCACACACACACACAAAAACAGUUUUUAAUGCGAGUGAUUGCUAAAUGACCAACUACUACUAGUCUCUCCCACUCUCUGUUAUUCAUUUGCAAUGAACAAGUGACAGGUGGAUAGCGGCAGAUCUGUGUUGGUUUAAUUGGAUAGGGGGAAAAAACAGCAACAACCUUACGACGACAUUCAUAUUGAACUCUCUAGCAAAAUUUUUCACUCAUUAGGGUUUCUCAUUAGGAAGACGAUAGGGUAAUCAAGAAAUUAUCAAAUACUACACCGUCAAACAACACUCUCCCCCGGCAAGUGAAAGUGAGGAAUGAAAAUGCCAAACUAUACGUACACUAAUCAACAAACAAGUGGCAUGAAGAAGAGCAACAGUAGAGUGAGUACGAGCUGCUUAUUCAGACAGGUUUUCCUAAUUUCUUUUUUAAUAAUUUUCGCUUGUCUAAAAUUUUCAAAUCACAAUUUCUCCCUUCGCUUUGGUGUCGUAGAAGAAUGUGUUGUUGUUUGGUAGAACUGUGUGCAUAUGUGUAAGUGUGUGAAUUUGCUAGGGACAAACUCAAAACAAAAAAAAAGCAAGCAGGACGGCAGAACAAGAUUAGACGAUUGUUUCGCGUUGAACAUGAGCAAGUGAACGCGGGGGAAGAUGAAAAUUGGUUUAUUGUGAAAAAUCGUUGCAUUUCUCGUGUGCCCAUUCCUGUGCCCGCCUCUCCAAAGCACGAUUUGUAGGGAAAAAAUGCUCUUGUGCGACGACUGGCUGGCUGGCUGGCUGGCUGGCUGUAGGUCGCACACCCGUCUCCUUUUUGUAUUGUGGCAGAGUACGGCGAAGUGAGCAAACAGCUUUGUUAUAAAAAA